UUGUAACACUUCCGGGUGACGCGUGUGCUGGUGGCCGGUUGGCUGGUGUGGUUAUUCUGUUUGGCGGGAGGUUCGGGAAGAAAGAAAGGCAAGAUAUUCCAUGCUGGUGCGGGAUAGUUGUGUGAAUAAUACACUAUAGAUUCGCGCUUAUAUUAAGAGAUGGAUUACAAGCGGCGACAGCAGCAAGCACCCCCGAUGCAUGCGUCCCAGGCGAAACGUUCACGGGGAACCGCCGAUCCAGACGACGAUGGGCCGUCACACUUUGAGGAAGAGCUGGCAUUUUUUGAUGAAUCGGAGUUGGCAACUGAUUUUAGUGAGGGUCAGGCAGGUCACGAUGUUAUUCCCGUGGGUAGCCUUUUAUCUAACGACCUGAACCCAAAGUGGAAUCGGCCUCCAGUUCCAAACCUGAAUCCUAAAACAGAUUCUCUGGCUUUCCAGCAGAUUGAGUUGGAUUACUAUAUCGGUAAACAUGUGGCUGGAAUGCCAGGAGCCACACAAGGUCCAGUUCCCAUUAUCCGGAUGUUUGGUAUUACAGAAACUGGAAACUCUGUUUGCUGCCAUGUGCAUGGAUUUGCAGCAUAUUUUUACAUUCCUGCUCCUCAUGGCUUUUCCCAGGGAGACUUGAGCACUUUUAAGAAGGAACUCAACUCUGUAGUGCUAAGUGACUUGCGCUCCAACAAAGAGAACAUUUCACAGGCUGUUUUGGCUGUUGAUAUAUGCAAGAAGGAGAGCAUGUAUGGAUUCCAUGGAAAACAGCCCAGUGACUUUUUACGCAUCACUAUGGCAACACCUCGGCUUAUAGCUCCAGCAAAGCGGCUAUUGGAGCAGGGGUUCAAAUUUUCUUUAUUUCCAACACAAAGCUAUGCAGCAUUUGAAGCCAACAUUGAUUUUGUGAUCAGGUUCAUGGUUGACUGUGAUGUAGUUGGCUGCAAUUGGAUAGAGCUGCCAGCAGGAAAAUAUUUUCUAAGGGAAGAUCAAGUGCCUAGUGAUGACAGUAGUGACAAUCCAAAUAAAAUGUCCUUGAGCCAGCUGGAGGCAGACAUAGGGUGGACUGAUCUGAUUAGCCAUGCUGCUGAGGGAGAGUGGCAGAAGAUUGCACCAUUGAGAGUUCUUAGUUUUGAUAUUGAAUGUGCUGGUAGAAAAGGCAUCUUCCCUGAAGCAGACAAAGACCCUGUUAUUCAAAUUGCAAAUAUGGUUCAGAGACAGGGAGAGAGAGACCCAUUUGUCAGAAAUGUCUUCACCUUGAAAUCUUGUGCUAGCAUUGUUGGUUCCCAAGUUCUGUGUUUUGAGAAAGAAAAAGAUCUUCUACAGGCUUGGGCUCAGUUUGUGAGGACUAUGGAUCCAGAUAUUAUAACUGGUUACAACAUUCAGAAUUUUGACAUGCCGUACCUUCUGAACCGUGCCCAUGCCUUAAAGGCUGAAAUGUUUCCUUAUUUGGGGAGAAUUAAAGGUAUAAAAUCUGUGGUGAAGGAUUCUUCAUUUCAGUCGAAACAAAUGGGGAGGAGAGAAAAUAAAGUGGUUAACAUGGAAGGCCGUGUUCAGUUUGACCUUUUGCAGGUUCUUCUGCGAGAUUAUAAGCUGCGCUCUUACACACUCAAUGCUGUAAGCUUCCACUUCCUGCAAGAGCAGAAGGAAGAUGUGCAGCACUCAAUCAUUACUGAUCUGCAGAAUGGAAAUGAUCAAACUCGUCGUCGUUUGGCAGUGUACUGCCUCAAAGAUGCCUACCUUCCAUUGAGGCUUCUGGAGAAGCUCAUGUGCAUAAUAAACUAUAUGGAAAUGGCUCGUGUGACUGGUGUCCCAUUAGGAUACCUGCUUUCUCAUGGUCAGCAAAUCAAAGUGGUCUCGCAGCUACUCAGACAGGCUAUGAAACAGGACUUGGUGAUGCCAGUAGUUCGAUCAGAAGGAGGUGAGGACUAUACAGGCGCUACAGUCAUUGAACCUGUGAAAGGCUACUAUGCAAUGCCCAUUGCAACUCUGGACUUUUCAUCUCUAUAUCCCUCUAUUAUGAUGGCUCACAACCUCUGCUACACCACACUGCUUCAGCCUGGUGUGGCAGUGAAGCUCUGCCUGUCACCGGAAGACUUUAUCAAGACUCCAACUGGAGAUCAUUUUGUCAAGAGCUCUGUCCGCAAAGGGCUUCUUCCUGAAAUUUUGGAAAACUUGUUAGCUGCCCGUAAAAGGGCUAAGCAUGAGCUAAAGAAGGAAACGGAUCCUUUUAAGCAAAAAGUUCUGGAUGGGAGACAGCUAGCACUGAAGAUUAGUGCAAACUCUGUGUAUGGUUUUACUGGGGCACAAGUAGGCAAGUUGCCCUGUCUGGAAAUAUCCCAGAGUGUAACUGGUUUUGGGAGACAAAUGAUUGAAAAAACCAAGCAACUUGUUGAAUCCAAAUAUACAGUUGCAAAUGGUUACCAAGCUGAUGCCAAGGUGAUAUAUGGUGAUACAGAUUCAGUCAUGUGUAAUUUAGGAGUAGACACUGUUCAAGAAGCUAUGAAGCUGGGCAGGGAAGCUGCAGAGUGGGUGUCUGGUCAUUUUGUCCCUCCCAUUAAACUUGAAUUUGAAAAGGUUUAUUUCCCCUAUCUUCUUAUCAACAAGAAGCGCUAUGCUGGCCUGUAUUUUUCCUCAAGUGCUAACAUGCACGAUAAAAUGGACUGUAAGGGAAUUGAAACUGUGAGGAGGGACAACUGUCCACUGGUGGCCAAUCUUAUUAAUACAUGUCUUCAGAAGAUCUUGAUUAACAAAGAUCCAAUGGGAGCAGUAGAACAUGCAAAGGAAGUAAUUUCCGACCUGCUCUGCAAUCGAAUUGACAUCUCGCAACUGGUGAUCACUAAAGAGCUAACACGCACUGCUGAUGAAUAUGCAGGAAAGCAGGCACAUGUUGAGCUGGCAGAAAGGAUGAGAAAACGAGAUGCUGGAAGUGCUCCUAAUCUGGGGGACAGAGUUCCAUAUGUCAUCAUCAAAGCAACAAAAGGUGUGGCUGCUUACAUGAAGUCUGAGGACCCAAUCUUUGUGCUUGAGAAUAACAUCCCAAUUGAUACAGAAUACUAUCUGGAGCAGCAACUGUCUAAACCCCUUUUAAGGAUAUUUGAGCCCAUUCUUGGAGAAGCCAAAGCAGAGAGUACCUUGCUUAAGGGCGAUCAUACACGAUGCAAAACUGUUCUUACAUCAAAGGUUGGGGGUCUGAUGGCUUUUGCAAAGAAGAGAAGUACCUGCAUUGGCUGCAAAGCAGUUCUGAAUGAUGAUGGAGCUGUAUGUACCUACUGCAGAAACAGAGAGUCAGAACUUUAUCAGAAAGAGAAUUCACACAGGAGUGCCCUAGAAGAAAAAUUCUCUCGCUUAUGGACACAAUGUCAGCGAUGCCAGGGGAGCCUGCAUGAAGAUGUCCUGUGCACCAGCCGGGACUGUCCUAUCUUCUAUAUGAGGAAAAAAGUACAGAAAGACCUGGAUGACCAGGAGAGACUGAUGCAAAGAUUUGGCCUGCCAAACUGGUGAACAAGAUGGUGCUUUAGGCAGAUUGUCCCUUUCUUGUGUGCUUGAUGCGUUGUGCAAGAAUCCUUUUGUAAAUUUGUUUAUACUUAUAUUUUUAUAGGUAGAAAUAAUUUUCUUUAAUUUCCUUGGUUUCUGCUAACUGUAUGCAUAAACUUCUGGAUCCAGUGUCAAUAAAAUAUUUUGCAAAAAA